AUGUAUAAUACAUUGACAGGAUUGACGGAUCCCCGAGAUCCUCACAAAGAGGAUCUGACAAGGGAUUUUCCUCGAUCAAUUCGGGUACUUUUUGCAUCUUCCCAAGCUGAUCUUGAGAUUGUAUUAAAUGUGGAUCGCAGAGGCGUUGCGGAUAACAAAGGCAACCCCAUCAAUGGUGACAAGCUGAUUGCUUUGAUUUCUGCUAUUGUAUUGGGGGAACACCCCAGAACCAGCAUAGUGACCGAUGCGCGUACAAUUAUUAGGAAACAUCUGGACGUGGUGCUCUUAAAGAGAACCGUUUCCUUGAUGAUGGUAAUUAGCAUUGUGGUUUUUGCAUGGGAAUACAUGGUGGUAAAGAUCAACUUCGAAAUGGUACGCAUGAAGCUUACAGGAUGGGACAAAGGGGUUGGAAGCAUCAUAAAAGACCUUGAAGAACCAUCAGAGUCCAUAAAGCUAGGGAUGGAUGGACUUUCUGAGCCUAGAUAUGAAAAAGAAAAAGCGGUUCAGGCCAUUGAAAUGUUCCGAGAGUAUGUUGAGGAGGGACGACUUGAGGGGUGGAAGUUAGAUUUGAGUGGCAAUUGUUGGGUCGGCAAAGAGUGUUUGGUAAACUCAAAUGUUGCAGCUGCUGCAGUUGACGCUCACAUGCACAGAUUCCUCGUAGCAAGUGGAAUGGAUAAAAUCCUUGACAUUAGCCAGAUUGAUAAGUACGCCAAUAGUGGAAUUGUAGGCUGA